UCCACUUGCUCCCAUCGGUGAAUUGGUUUUGCCCACGUCCCAGGAAGAUGGCUUACCAGCAGCAAUGCAAACAGCCCUGCCUGCCGCCUCCAUGCUGUGUGAAGCAGUGCAAGACUAAAUGCGUGGAUCCCUGUCCGUGCCCUCCUAAGUGCGUGGAUCCGUGCCCUCCUAAGUGCGUGGAUCCGUGCCUCCUAAGUUGUGUGGAUCAAUGGCCAUGCCCUCCUAAGUGUGUGGAUCCGUGCCCUCCUAAGUGUGUGGAUCAAUGGCCAUGCCCUCCUAAGUGUGUGGAUCCGUGCCCUCCUAAGUGUGUGGAUCCGUGCCCUCCUAAGUGUGUGGAUCAAUGGCCGUGCCCUCCUAAGUGUGUGGAUCCGUGCCCUCCAUGCUCACCUCUGCAGCACUGCUGCAAAGAAAAGAAGUUCUGUUAGGGCCCACGGAACCACCAACGUCUACGGAAUGAAAAUGAAUUGCAGCCCCUCGCGCAGUAGCUCUCUCCUGACUCCACUUGUUGGCAUUCCCCUUGCAGUGUGACGUGUUUCUGGGAAUGUUUCCAAUCUCUGUCCUCACUUUGUACACUCUUUCUGCUAUCAGUAUCAAGGCCUUCCCUUGGAAUGUGUAACUGACCGA